AACCCAUCGCGGACAAAAUUUCCUCCUACACGUCACGUCUGCAACGUUGCAGGAACGUCGUAAUUUUUUUCACCAAGCUAACGUCACGUUCCUGGAACGUAUCUGACGCAUUUAUUUGUCUAUUAUUCUCAACAGCUGUAUUCACGAUCGCAACCGCAUUUUUUGAAUUUCAGAAACAAAAAAAAAUUAUUCGCGUGCGUCUGGAUUCCAGUAGGCGUGGUCCUAGUAAAUUCCACCCUUCAGGGGAGGGAGGGGAGGUAGCAGCGCUAGUAUUUUUUUAUUUAUUUAUUUUAUAUUUGACGUGCGCUGAUUUAUACCUGUUGAGAAAUUGGACGACGUGUUUUUUUUUAAAAAAAGGGACCGCGUGGUUUUGGUUUCUGAUACCGCGACGCUCGCUGUAAGCGAGAUUUUACUUUGAAAAUGUGGUUUUUCGGUGACGUUGCGUCCACCCCCCCCCCCCCCCCCCCCCCUGCCUGGUGAGAUCAAUACCGAAGCUUCCUUCCCUUUCCGCAUGGAGAUGAAAACCCGAGGGAGAAUCGACCUCGUUGGAAGAGCUAAAUGUACGUCGGAUGCGCCGGAGAAAAGGGGGGGGGGGGGGAAAGGUUAAAUUAGCACGUCCUUGUGAUUCAUGGCGCGCUGUCUUUGAGAUUUUUUUUUUAAUUGAGAUAUUUAUUUGUUGCUCGUAAUGACAUUCGUAAACAAGUGUUGGCGUGCCUGUAAAAUCAAUCGCUGUGCGCAGCAGCGACGGCGGGGUCCCUAGCCUGUCUUUCCCCCCACUCCACGCGCACUUGCCCCUACCCGGCGUCUGCCGCCCCUCUUUUUCCCCUCCGCUUCCCCCUCCAGCUCUCACCAUCUCUGAAAGCGACGUGCCCGGCUGCUCGGGACGGUUGGGGUUUGAACGUGUGUGUGUGUGUGUGUGUGUUUGUGUGAGCGCUCACGCGCGCCUGUGUGUGUAUGUGUGUGUUUCCUAGCCAGGCCUGCGCAUGCGCAGACGGGAGCGACGAGCUUCCCUUUUCGACUCGCCCGCCCCGCCGUAGUCGCCAGAAACGAGCUGGCGAUACGAGAGUUCGGGAGACGCAGCGAAGCGGGCCGACAGAAGGAAGGCCGGUAAAAAAAAAAAGAAAAGAAUUUAAAAAAAAAACAAAACCGAAACCCGCGGAAGGAAAGCCGUGAAGUCUUCGCGUGCCGCGCGCGCGUGUGUGUGUUUGUGUGUCGCGAGUGUGUGCCUAGAUCGGCUUGUGAAUAAAUUUCAAAAACGUUCUUUUUUUGAAUCCAGUGUAUGUCGCGUCGGUUAUUAUUUUCGUUUCGGUCGUCAGGCCGGGAUUAGGAGAUUCCACCCGAGCAUUGUGUAUGGCGUGUGAGCAAGAGUUUUAAAAAAGAAACGGGAGCGGGCGUUGUUGUACAAAGAAGGUGACCGCGCCAGGGGGUGGGCGGGGGAAGAAGAGGGUGUUCGGGCAUUUCGCGAUCCCCGAAACACGGAGAAACAAGCCGCCGCCACGUUCGUGAAGGAAGUCGGGCGCAGGAUGGGCUGCGGGCAGUCGGCCGAGGAGCGCGCAGCCCAGCUGCGCAGCAGGCAGAUCGAGAAGAACCUCAAGGAGGACAAAAUGCAGGCGGCCAAAGACAUCAAGCUGCUGUUGCUGGGUGCGGGGGAGUCGGGGAAGAGCACAAUAGUGAAACAAAUGAAGAUCAUCCACGAGAGCGGCUUCACGUCUGAAGACUUCAAGCAGUACCGGCCGGUGGUGUACAGCAACACGAUCCAGUCGCUCGUCGCCAUACUCCGGGCCAUGCCGAACCUCGGCAUCAGCUUCAGCAACAACGAGAGGGAGACUGACGCCAAGAUGGUGUUCGACGUGAUCCAGAGGAUGGAGGACACGGAACCGUUCUCCGAGGAGCUGCUGGCGGCGAUGAAGCGGCUGUGGGCGGACUCGGGUGUGCAGGAGUGCUUCGGCAGGUCCAACGAGUACCAGCUCAACGACUCGGCGAAAUACUUCCUGGACGACCUGGACCGGCUGGGCGCCAAGGACUACCAGCCCACGGAGCAGGACAUCCUGCGGACGAGGGUGAAGACGACGGGCAUCGUCGAGGUGCACUUCUCCUUCAAGAACCUCAACUUCAAGUUGUUCGACGUGGGUGGUCAGAGGUCGGAGCGGAAGAAGUGGAUCCACUGCUUCGAGGACGUGACGGCGAUCAUCUUCUGCGUGGCCAUGUCGGAGUACGACCAGGUGCUGCACGAGGACGAGACCACGAACCGGAUGCAGGAAAGCUUAAAGCUGUUUGAUUCUAUUUGCAACAACAAGUGGUUCACAGACACUUCCAUCAUUUUGUUCCUUAACAAGAAGGAUCUGUUCGAGGAGAAAAUCAAGAAGUCUCCGUUGACGAUAUGUUUUCCUGAGUAUGCUGGGGCGCAGGAGUAUGGGGAGGCGGCGUCCUACAUCCAAGUACAGUUUGAGGCCAAGAACAAGUCUACUACCAAAGAAAUCUACUGCCACAUGACUUGUGCGACCGACACCAACAACAUCCAGUUUGUGUUCGACGCGGUCACCGACGUCAUCAUCGCCAACAACCUGCGCGGCUGUGGAUUGUACUAAAGCGCGAUGCGCGACGCGCGACGGGCGCUUCUUUCCCAGGACAGUUCGGCAUCUGGCUCCCGCCAGGGAUGCGCGCAUGAUGAAACUGUCAUUCAGGCACUAUGCAGAAACAAGUUUUGGCUCUUGUAAAUUGUUACGGAAUUAUUUAUUUCAUGGCUGCAAGAUUUCAUUUUCCAUUCUCUUCUUGCACCUAACAUGGUCUAAACAAACAAAAAAAAAAGAAAAAAAAGAAA